CUCUCUCCACGCCAGUCCUCACCUUUGUCCUGUCUGUACAUGUGUCUGCUCGCAUGUGUGUGUGCAAGGCAGAGAGUGUGUGGCGUGUCCACUGAUGCACACCUCACUUGAACUCUCUGGUCGGGCGAUGGUCCCACACUCUUCUGGCAUUGCUGCACUCGGACUGCUGAGUUAGAGGAUGUACUACGUCAAGAAGAAGUCCCAGUACAACUUGCUGAGCAGCAGCAUGGAGAGUUUGGGGAGCCGGGCGACCUCCGCCAGCCCCUACAGCUCUGAGAACGCCUCCUCGUCGGCCGUGCCCACACCCUCGCCUUACUCCCAACCCAACUCCACCUUUGAGGGCCUGUCGCCGGCGCCGGCCAUCCCUUCCAACACUGACUACCCGGGACCACACGCCUUCCAGGUGUCCUUCCAGCAGUCCAGCACUGCCAAGUCUGCCACAUGGACCUACUCUCCACUGCUGAAAAAGCUCUACUGUCAAAUCGCCAAGACGUGUCCGAUCCAGAUCAAACUCUCGUCCUCUCCGCCGCACGGCAGCAUCAUCAGGGCCAUGCCCGUCUACAAGAAGGCGGAACAUGUCACCGAGGUAGUCAAGCGCUGUCCCAACCACGAGCUGGGACGAGACUUCAACGACGGUCAAAUCGCACCGGCCAGUCACCUGAUCCGGGUGGAGGGGAACAACCUCAGCCACUACGUUGAUGACCCGGUCACUGGACGACAGAGUGUCUAUGUUCCCUACGAAGCUCCGCAGGUCGGAACAGAGUUCACCACCAUCUUGUAUAACUUCAUGUGCAACAGCAGCUGCGUGGGGGGCAUGAACCGAAGACCCAUCCUCAUUAUAAUCACUCUGGAAACCCGAGAUGGUCAAGUGUUGGGCCGAAGGUCAUUCGAAGGUCGGAUAUGCGCGUGUCCAGGAAGAGAUCGCAAAGCCGACGAGGAUCACUUCAGGGAGCAGCAGGCUCUGACCGACAGCGCGGCCAAGAGCGGCAGCGCCAACAAGCGCAACUUCAAACAGAGCCCCACCACGAUCCCCAGUCCAAACUUGAACAUGAGGAAGAGGAGGCAUGGGGACGAGGAGGUUUACUACAUCCCUGUUCGAGGUCGGGACAAUUUCGAGCUGCUGAUGAAGAUAAAAGACAGUUUGGAGCUGGUGGAGUUGGUGCCACAGCAGCUGGUGGACUCGUACCGGCAGCAAACACAGCAGCAGCUCAUGCAUCGACCGAGCCAUAUAUCGUCACCCACGUCGUACUCUUCGCUGUCCAACAUGAACAAACUUCACAACCCUGCAGGUCUCAGCAAGUCCCCCUCCAACCAGCUGGUUGGCCAGCAGUCACAACAACAUCACCCCGCCCCCCACAUGGGCCCCAACAUGAUCAGCAGCCACCACCUCCAGAGCAACGGCGACAUGAACGGGGGCCACAGCAGCCAGACUAUAUUGUCAGCCUCACACUGCAGCCCACCCCCUCCAUAUAACCCUGACCCCAACCUUGUCAGUUUUCUAACGGGUCUGGGCUGUCAGAACUUCAUCGACUACUUCACCUCCCAAGGCCUGCAGACUAUCUACCACCUUCAGACUCUCUCCAUGGAGGAUUUGGGUGCGCUGAAGAUCCCGGAGCAGUUUCGCAUCGCCAUCUGGCGAGGUCUUCAGGACAUGAAACAGGGUGCUUCCUUGCAACUUCCCACCCCGACUCAUCACCAUGACUACCACGGACAGCAGCUUCUGCGUUCCAGCAGCAACAUGGCGGCUUCUGCCAUGGCGGCCAUCGGGGCUGCCGGCGGCGAGCUGCAGCGUCAGCGCGUGAUGGAGGCCGUGCACUUUCGCGUCCGCCACACCAUCACCAUACCCAAUCGCCCUGGCGUGGUGGGACCGCCCGGGAUGGCCACGACGACGGACGAGUGGGCCGACUUUGGCUUUGACGUACCAGACUGCAAAGUGUCUCGAAACAAACACUCUAUCAAGGAGGAGUUCAUGGAAAGUGACGUCCACUGACUUCCCGAAGGACAGAAUGUUCCACAGCUUUUGGUCACAUCUCCAGUCAAAAGACAGACUUUAUAUAGUAUAGUAUAGAGAGAGUGACUUGUGAAGCUCAAGGCCCAUGAGCCAAGUCCUUUUCUGUGGGCGCUUUAAAGAUGUCCAGGUCGCUCACAGUUCAAGUCAAUACUUUGAAGCUCACCUCCAACCCACGUUGAUAGAGUGACCUAAGCAUUUACCCUUUGCAUGACUGAAUCCUCCCUGCAUUUCAGAAAGAACACAGCCAGGAAUACAUUUUAAAAAGGCGUAUAAUACAUGCAUUUCAUUUGUUCUUUGACAAUAACUCGACCAAACAGAGAGUAACUUUAGUGACUGGAUAGUAGACAGACGACAAUAGUUCAGUCUACAUUUGUCAUUUCAACAAGUCAAUUUGGGAGAAGACGUGCAGAAUCAUCUCGGCAGUUAUUUAUUGUCCGUCAUCUACAUAACAUGUAAAUAAUCUACACUGGACUUGUUGUACUUGAAGUGGUGUUGACAAAGUUAGGAUUAGAAAAAGACGGUUGCCACUUUUCAUAUUGUUUAAUGUGAGGACCUCAAUUCUUUUUUGACUGACGUUUCAUUGUCCGGAAUGUUCUUGCAGCUUUGAAAUGUAUUAUAAGUCUGUCAACAAUAUGUUUGUUUCUUUUGUGUCCAUACAAUUUCAUGACCAUUGUAGAAAAAGAAAUAUCCGUGUUUUAGACAGUAUUAAAGUAGUAAGUCCUGAAGUGCAUUGGUCAGUUGAGAAUCAUGUGUUUGACCCACGAACCUAUUUUUAAUUGCUCUGUUAUGGCACUUGUUCAGGAAAACGUUCCGGUGACAUUCCAGUCUUACAAUGUUGCAUAUUGUCUUGAAUUUUGUGGCAACAAAAGAUUUUCCCGUUUCACUCAACCACUGGUCUGACAAGGAGCACUUUAAUACUAAUAUAUUGACAAGGCUUUUUUUGUGCUUAUGAUCAGUAUUAUGUAUUUUGAUGUGAAUGUUCCAUUUAGUUUUUUGCAAUUUUGUGCCCACUCGUUUGUAUAUUUUUGUAUAAAUUAUAAUGUGUACCUCGAAAUUCAUUAGUCUCCUCACAUUGUGAACGUUUGCCGA